UGAUACCGAUGCAUAUCAUAGUCCAGCCCUGAUCACAUACGGGUUGGGGUAACUUUGAGAUCAGAGCGAAGUCAUGACUACACACACAGACACAGCAAGGCUACCGCAACAUUGCAGCCAUAGCUACCAAUUCAACAAUAUUUAUAUCCGUUCCUAUCCGGUCUUGAAUACCUUCUGUUUACAAGUUGGUGACACUCACUCCUCGGAGACAGGUCAUGCUUGGCGUGCGUCAGUGGAGAGCAUCAUGAUUUUCCUGAUUAGAUGAGCUACUCUGCGGCCGCUCCCUUGACCAUCACGCAACCCAUAGCUAGCAUCAUGUCAUCAGCAGUAAACAUCACACCUCAGCCUCACAGCCAGAAGCGCAAAGGCGGACGCGCGCCAUUACCAGAGGUCGAAGAGAACUUUGCGCGACUUCCGCCAGGAAACGGCGACAGGACGGACCGCGCGGUGUGCAAGCAUUGCUCAAAGGAACGCAGCUGGCACACGACUGAACUGGUCAAGCAUCUCGAUAAAUGCCCCCAGUACACACCGUCCAAACGUCAGAAAUAUACGCGACCAUGGCGCAUUGAAAGACCCGGUGAGGGCAGAUCGCCAAAUCAACCACAAUCACAACAGCCAUCUCCACAACAAUUGCAGAACGGCAACAUCGAUCUUGCGAACCGCAACGUGCGCGUCGGACCCAAUGGUAUCUUCCAAUGGGACGGCGGCAUGGUCGCUGGAAGGCCAGCUACUACCAGCAAUCCCGAUGGCAGGUCUGCGGACGAUCAGCACCAACCAGACGGCGUAGAAGACGCAGAUCAACCACCGCAACCACAACCUCAACCACGUCUACCUCAAUCGAAUCACCAAAUUCUGCACACGCCCACGCAAUCUGUGGGUGGAAACAUGGAACCUACGGCCUUGUCCAAUUAUCCCCAAAGAGUCAACCAACAUCCACAACCUCCUCCAAACAGACAAUUGCCCUACCCUCCUCCCGUCAGCGAUCCCGACCAACGUCUCCACAGCUUUAUAGAAUACGAGCGAGGCGCCAUGGCAUAUCAAAAUCGCUCUGAAGACUUGGACGCCAUAGAAGCCUGGUUACAGCAUCAUCGCUUUGACAUUGAGGAUAUCAAGGAGAUUAGCGAGACUAGAUGGGUGGACUCGUGGCAAUUGAGACUGGGUGAUCUGUACAGAUUAAAGCGGGAUGUACAGACUUUUAAGAUCUUCGCUCAGCGAUAAGGGAGGGGAUGUCGUAUGCUGGAGAGACUGCUAUCUCAAGUGCAGGCGGCAGGCACUCAGAGAUGUGAACUUGA